UAGCUUGGAAUUAGAUUUGUUUAUGAAUUGAAUGUGAUGUGUUGUGAAUUUUGUUGUCUUCUUUCAUUGCAAAGCUUUUGACAUUGAUUUAGCAAGUUGGUUUAGUUUUAUUUUAAUUAUUAAUAAAAAAAAAAACAGAAAUCUUUGAAUUAAAAAUGUUUGACCAUGAAUUAUUUAUUGAAUCAGUGAAAGCGCGUCCGGCUUUAUAUAAUAACUCAAGAACAAAAGCUGGAAAUGUUUCAACAGAAUAUUGGAAUCAAAUAGCUAACAUUAUGAAAAUCGAUGUUCAGGAAUGUAAAAUACUAUGGAAGGGUCUUCGUUCAUCAUAUGCAAGACAUCUACAAUUUAUGAGGCAAAAUGAACAAGACCCUAAACGAAAACCAAGGAAACCCUGGUAUCUUGCAGAUCACAUGUCCUUUCUCGAAAAAUACAUUCAAGUGAAAUCAAAAGAUAGACUUUACUAUAAAACAACGAAAAAUCCAAAUAUUGACGAUAAUGAUAAUUCAACAUCGUUUUCAAAUAUUGAAUAUAAAAGUGAAAAUCGAACAAUGGAUGAAAGUUCAAUUAAAUCUGAAGAAUUAUCAUUCAGAUCAGAAGUUAAUGAAGAACCAAACACUUUGAUGAAAAGAAGAGAAUCUUACGAAGAAAAUAAUGAAGAGUUAACUAAUAUGAUGGAAUAUUUGGUAAGAGAAUCUGAAACAGAAAACAGCUCAAGUGUGGAAAAAUCUAGAAUAAAAUCUAGUGAUGAGGAUGGAAAUGAAACACAACCUGCAAAACGUAUUAAAAUGAAUACAAGAACUGUAUCGAUAUUAAAUGCCAAUAAAAAAACUAUUCCACCACGUGAAGAAUCAUUUUUGAGAUUUCUUCAAAGCUUGCUUCUUGAUAUUGGAAAAUUGUCGAAUAGAAAUUUAAGAUUGUUUAAGGAAGAUGUCUUAAAAGAUAUGAACAAAUAUCUAGAUGAGCAGGAAUACUCCACUCGAGUUCGAUUAUUUGCUUAAGUUUGGAUAUAACUAUUAUUUAAAAGUUUUUCCUUAUGUAAUACAAAUCCUAAGUUAUUUGAAAUAA